AUGUUCGCUCCGAGACAAGCCCGGAAAGCUUACUAUGGUGCCUACUGUCUCAUCAACCCCAUGGUUGAUUUGGCCAAGAUCCUGAUGUGGAUGACGGACAACCUGAGUUUACACAGCAACCACACGUCACUUCAGCGGCUUUCCCAGACAGCUUUGAACUUGGAUCGGGAACUAGAUGACUGGAAAUCCGGCCUCCCACGGCAGUUGCGCUUUGAUUUGUCGUCAUUGGAAGACAGCGAGUUUGCCAUGAAGCAAAAGACUGUUCUCAAACUACGUAAAAAGACACCGAAGCAGUAA